UUUGGAUUUUUAUAAUCUUUUGGAGUUUUGUUACAUUUAAAAGUACUGCAGAGCACAUUGUACAGUCCGUGUCAGUGAGUCAAACAAUUUGUGAUUGUUUUCAGUGGGCAAGGAAGCACCAAAGAGUUUCCAACACGUCUACUUUCUCAAUUCUGGAGUAAAUAACGCUCGAGACGUUAUUGUACUCUGGAAGACAGGACCAGAAACUACCAAUCUCAGUUAUGGCAUCCAAGGAAGAAACUUCCACAGCAGUAGCUGCUGCUGUGGCCCCUACUGCAGCUGCUACGUCUCCUGCUGCUGCUGCUGGUGGUUCAACCACCAACUCCUAUGCAAAUGUUUUGCAAAAUCUUGAAAGCAAGAAAGGAGUUCCAGCAGCAACAGCUACUACUGUCGCUGCUGUAGAAACUAAAACCGCUACUACGGCCAAUCCUAGCAAGUCGGAAAAUAACGACAAUAAUAAGGAUAAUCAGUCUGGUGUUAAAACUUUGAAAUCGUGGAGCGAUGAAGUAGCCGCAGCAGCUGAUGAAGUCGUACCAGCAGCCAAUGUGGCUGGUGAAAAGCGUGCGGCAGCCAAUGCCGACACAACUGCUGAGAAUUCCUCCGAAGUCGACGAUAAUGGCGAUUUUGUACCAGUGGUUUCCCAUCAUCGCCGCGAUCGUAAAAAGGCACGUAAAGACAAACCUCGCGAUGGCAAAAAUGGAGCUGGCGGUGCCGGUGGUAAUGUUCAUCCUACGGCUAAUCAAUCUUCUGGUAAUCAAAAGUCUGGCAAUGUUCAACGUCGUGGCAAUGGUGGUAAUGGUAAUGGAGGUAAUGCUGGUGCUGUCGCUGGAACAUCUACUGAUAAAGACGGUGAACGUAAAUUUCCAUCACGCCAACGACAACAACGUGGUGGUAGUCCUCGUAAAUCAGCUGCUGGCGGCAAUAAAUCACAACCCAAAGAUCGCAAAGAUACUUCACCCAGUGCUAGUGCUGAAAAUGCUAGCAGCGGUAAUGAAGCGAAAACAGGUGAUGGUGAAACUCAAGCUCAAACUUCUGGCACUGCCACUACAGUUGCUGCUAAUCCCACACAACCCAAAAAAUUUGUUGCUGCUCCACCACCAAAGGUGAAUGCUUGGAAGAUUUCAAAACAGCAAGCUUCCAGUCCCAAAACUGGUUCGUCACCAUUGGAUAAACGUGUUUUGCAACCCAAACAACAACCUAAACAACAGCAACAAACAAAAACACCACAACAGCAAACCCCAACAACAACACAACAGAAUCAAGGAGAAAAUCAACCGGCGACUUUAAAUUCUACCAAUACUACCACCACCAGCAGUACCACUGUUACAACAACUACUACAGCCACUACAGCUAAAAACACCACCACCAACAACAACACUAACGCACAGACUCAAACCAUCAACAAAACACAAACUGUUAAGAAAGCAGAGUCAACAACCAUUGUUGUUUCCAAAAGUGAAGCUAAUGCUCCCGUAGUAAAGGACAAAAAGAAAGUUAAUCAAAAAGCUAGUGAUUUCAGUAACGUUGGCGAUUGGCCCAUGCUAAUUGGUGGUAAACCCACAGGCAACGAAACAAAACGUUCUACAAAGAAACAACGUUCCAACGCUCAAAAAGAAGACACCGCUUCGACUAGUGCAGCUUCAAAUAGCACAGCCACAGCACCUGCAGAAAACUCCUCGACUGUUGUUGCCUCAACAGAAGUAACCUCGAAAGAUAACAAGGAAGUCGUCAUAGUUGCUGCGUCAACUUCGGCAUUAACCUCGGCCACAAGCGCCAGCUCUAGUACAGCUGCCAUAAAAGAUAAAGAAAACAAUGACCCCAAAUCUGCAAAUGGUCAAUCAGCUCAAGCCAGCACAGCGGGUAACAAUGAAGCAGCCUCUACCAGUAAUGGAGGAAAUGGCAUCAAUAAGAAAAUUCCCAAACACAAGUGGCGACCUUUGCAAAUCGAUUUGGCCAAAUCUAGUCGUUCCAAAUCAAUUGGUCGGCCCACACGCAGAGGCAUCUCGUCGCAACAACGCUACCAUGAACGCACCAAUCAACGGGGUGACGGCAACGGCCAUGAACGUCGCUCAAAUGCCCACCACGGGCAUGGUGAAACGCAACGAUCAACGGCGAUUGGGGAGCGAAAUGGCGGCGGUGCCCACAAAAAGUCUGGCGGCCCUAAUGAGCGCAUUGAUUCCUGGCGUAGCGGCAGCGGCGCCGAGCGCUCUAAUGAUCGGGAAUACGAACGGCCAGCCCGUACGCAACGGCGUUUCCGCACGUCCUUCAGGGGCGGGCGGCAAGGUCGCGGCGGAUUCUCAAGAUCGGGACCAGGUCGUACGUCAAAUCGCAUACCACGCCAUCUGUUAGCCAAUGGCGAGUACGCAAAUUAUUUGCCGGCGGAUGCCGCUGGUACAGAUCAAUCAUUUGUCCUUAUGGGUACCCAUUACUAUGGGCCCAUGCCUGCUGCUUACAUUGAAAUGGAUGCUCAAAGCGUCAAAGAAGCCAUUAAAAAACAAGUUGAAUAUUAUUUUAGCGAAGAAAAUCUUACUGGCGAUUUCUUUUUACGCCGCAAAAUGGACGACGAAGGCUGCAUUCCAGUCACUUUAAUCGCUUCGUUCCAUCGUGUUCUGGCCCUAUCCACAGAUGUUGCUCUAAUCAUUACAGCCAUCAAAGAGUCGGACAAAAUUGAACUUCUCGAAGGUUACAAGGUACGCACAAAAACAAACCCUAUGAUUUGGCCCAUUAAAGAUGCGCUAGAUGCUACCGGAACCCAAAACGCAGUUAGAGUAGCUGGUGCUACCACGCCCAAACCCUCGGAAACAACUGCUGAAAAUGCCUCUGCAACUACAAAUCAAACUGAAGAUGAUGAUGAAAAAUCUACUGCUACAGCAGAAACUUCAGACAACAAUAAGACGACAGCUGGAACAAGUCCCGAAAAAGCAGUUGGAAGCGAUGCUAAAUCAACAGCUACUGUCAAAUCAUCAAAUACCUCGCCUAUUAUAACUUAUGUACCCGAAGUGCCUCUGCCACCGAUACUGACCUCACCCAUGGCCACAAAGCCACUGAGUUGUAUACCACCACCACCGGUGCCACGUAAUUCACACAAUCUUAUACCCACCAUGUUGAUGCAACAAGAGAGACAAACACCUGCCCCAUCUUUAAAUGCCAUCAGUGCUUUAACCAAGAAGGUGGAAGCUGAGCAGCCAACAACGGGUGGAGCUGUGGCUCAAUUGGCGGAUCAUUUGAGUGGACUGGCAGAGAGUGUGAAGACACAAGCAAAGCCAAAAUCUACUUCGACACCGGAAAAGAAGACAGCAGCAGCAAAAGGCGAUGCCAAGUCCUCGUCGGCUGGUAAUGAUGAGACUGCUGCCGAAACUGCCGAUGGCAUGUGGAAAGAGGUAAAGAGACGCUCUAAAUCAUAUGCUAAUAAAGAUAUUAAAUCAGCUACCAACUCAACACAAACGUCAUCAUCACAAUUGCCACUCGAUUCCUCUGCCACUCCUACUACCACCCUUACCACAACCAUUUCCACUUCAAACUCCUCCAACUCUUCCAUCAACACCAAACCCGCUUCCUACAAAUCCACCAAAACCACAAAUAAAUCAUUGCCCAACAACAAUAAAUCCACUGCCAUCAAUGCCACCACCACCCCAUCAAAUGCUUCCUCCAAUGCCAACAAAAACAAAACCAACAACACAACUACCACUACAACAACCAUCAAUUCCUCCUCUGCCUCCUCCAAAACAGCUGCAUUCUCCACCACCGCAACCACCGGCGGCCAGCAUCAUGGCGAGAAGGAAGAACUAGACUUUCAAUUCGAUGAAGAGCUUAUGGAUCCCAUACCCGCCACCGGACGCGUCAACAAUUUCACCGACCACUAUUCCGACGAUGAUGAAUCCGACUACGAGUUUGCCGAUCGUGAUAUUAACAAACUGUUGAUUGUUUCCCAAGUACAACGCGCCCCCAAACACGAGGGCUACGACCGUACGGCCGACUAUACAUCUCGAACCAAAAUCACUCAGGACUUGGAAAAUGUCAUCAACGAUGGCUUGGUCAACUACGAGGAAGACUUGUGGGUAACUGGCAACAAUUACCGUACGGUCAAUGUGAUUUCACAAGAAGAUUUCGAAAAACUCUCUAGUAGCCAAAAACCCCACUACCAACAACGACACCCACAACAGCCACCACCACCUCCACCCGCCUACGACGAUGAAGACUUAAACAACACCCUGAACUCAACCCUCAACUCGACGCUAAAGUCACGUCGUGCUCGUUUCUAUGCCGCACCCAAUUCACAUUCAAUUGAUCUUCGCACGCCACGCAAACGUAAAACCCGCCACUCGUCCAAUCCACCCGUCGAGGCUCACGUCGGUUGGCUGCUCGACACUGUCGAACAUCGGCCACGUACCACUUCGAUGGGCUCGUCGACGGGCACCUCACCCACUGCUUCAUCGUACGGCUCCUAUGGCUCGUCUGUGCCACAAUCGUUGCCCGUCUUCCAGCAUCCAUCGCACUCCCUGCUCAAGGAGAACAAUUUCACGCAACAGGCAUAUCACAAAUAUCAUUCGAGAUGCCUCAAAGAGCGUCGCCGUUUGGGCUAUGGCCAAUCGCAGGAGAUGAACACUCUGUAUCGUUUCUGGUCAUUCUUUUUGCGUGAAAAUUUCAAUAAGACCAUGUACAAUGAGUUCCGCUCCUUGGCAUUGGAAGAUGCUAGCAAUGGUUUCCGUUAUGGUCUGGAAUGCUUGUUCCGUUUCUUUUCGUAUGGUUUGGAAAAGAAGUUCCGUCCACACAUUUACGAAGAUUUCCAAGAAGAAACUAUGGCUGAUUAUGAGACUGGUCAACUUUAUGGUUUGGAAAAAUUCUGGGCCUUUUUGAAAUACUACAAAAAUGCUGAAAAAUUGGAGGUACAACCAAAAUUAGCUGAAUAUUUGACCAAAUUCAAAACCAUUGAAGACUUCCGUGUGGUCGAACCCGAAAUCAACGAAAUGCUACAGGGUGUGGGCAGCUUGAAUCGUGCACGCAAUUUGCAACGUCAUCGCAGUGUCUCGGAAAGCGAUGGCACCAAAGUAAUCGUAGCCGGUAGCGGUCGUAGACCAAAUACUACCAUUACCAAUCGUAGUGAUUAUGUGGGCAAUAGACAACAGCAGCAACAUCAACAUCAACCACAACAGCAAAAUCAUUACCAACAGCACAACAACUACAACCAAAGCCAUAACAAUCGCAGACGUACUGGUUCCUUUGGCAGUAGCACUGUUAGAGUGCGCAGCGGUUCCUUGGGCAAUAAACCACAAAUUGCCAAUCGCAAUUAUCAUUAUGGUUCACCCCAUGAACUGAGACGUAGUGGUGCGGGCGGCAAUGGCAGCAAUACGGGUUUAAACAGAAACUAUAGGCAAAAUCAAUAUCAACAACAACAGAAAUCAAAACCAACAACUACGGGACCCCAACAACUACAGCAACAACAAAAAGAUGCUAACAAACAGCAACAACAGACAUCAAACGAACAACAAUCACAGCAAACUAAAAAAUCAACGACAGCGUCUGUAGUGGCGGAAAAUUAAGAAAAAUUCAUUUGUUCCUCCUCUGCUUAAAUAUUUUUUUUAUUAAUACAUAUAAUUUUUUUAUUAAUAAUUAUAUUAUUUCUUUUUUUUUUCUCUUUAUUAAAUAAAAUUAAGUGCUAUUUUUUAUGCUUAGUUUAUAAUGCUAAAAUAUUUGCUCUAUUAUUAUUCCUUAUUAUUUUCCCUACUACUUUUAUCGAAUUUUUGGGUAUUUUCAAUUUUUAAAUUAAUUUAAAAAAAGGAAUUUUUUGUGUCUCUCUUUCUAUCUCAAUAGAGUAGAGUUGUUUUUAAACAUUAAACAAGAAAACAUUUAUUACUUUUAAAGCAAAGAAAGAAUUAAAUUUUAAAAGUACAUUUAAAUCAAAACUAACGAAUACUUUAAACGAACGAAAUACAAUUUACUUUGUUGUUUUAUAUAAAUAUAUAGAAAAAAACUACUAUACACUUUUUAUUGAAUAAAUAGGUAUAUUUUCUUAGUUUUCUCUUAUAAUUCCUUUGUUUUUUUUUUUAGUAGUUCAGUGUUGAUUUUCUUUUUCUACUAAUUAUUGUCAGCCAAAAAAAUAUAUAUGAAAAAAUUCGAAAAUGCUCAAAAAAAAAAUGGUUUUUUAAAAAAAUUUGUUGUUUUAUUAUUAUUUUUUUUCAAUAUAUUAUUAAAUACUUUUUAUUAUUAUAUAUUAAUAUUAUUUUUUUGAUGUUAUUAAAAUUUAAAAAAAAAUCUUUAAAAAAUGCAAAAAAAAAAAAUUUAAAUAAUAUAAUUAUAUUUGCUAAAAGUGACUUUAUUAUCAUAUAUUAUGUAAAAAAUUUUUAAUAUUCUUAAUAAUAAAACCAAACCAGGGACCGAGAAAACAAAAAAAAAACACACCAAAACUAA